CGGGCAAAGGCGCUUCCGGUUACGGAGAGUCAGAGAGUGGCUUUGACAAAGGUCUGCUCGGGCUUCCGCAUGAAGCUGAGGCGUGUCUCGGGUUUGACAGCUCACGCGGAGCCAGAAGCGAGCCUGAGGGAUUCCUUCACCGGACGUUUCCAAAGCAAGGUCGACUUUUUGCGUAAAGUGCUUGCUUUGGCAGUGUAACCUGUUGAACAGGCAAGAUGAUGAACUACUGCGGUCUGCUCACUGCCAAUAAGGAACCAGUUCCUCUGAAGAGUGUGGAGGUGGAGGUGGAGGUGAGAGACCAUGUGGCUACAGUGGUCUCCACUCUGAACUAUGAGAACAAGGAGGACAAACCACUGGAGGCUGUUUUUGUCUUCCCUCUGCCCGGAGAUGCUGCUGUCUGUCAUUUCAGCGCUACGAUCGGACAGACGCAGAUUGUAGCUGAGGUGAAGGAGAAACAGGAGGCUCGUGACGAGUAUGACGACGCUUUGAGCUCCGGGCAGCAGGCCUUCCUAUUGGAGGAGAGUGAUCAGAGCCCAGACGUGUUCUCUAUGAGUGUGGGCAGUCUGCGUCCAGGAGAGAGCGCCUCCAUCAGGCUGGAGUACGUCACUGAGCUGGAUGUGCAGGCUGAUGACGGGCUCAGGUUUUGUCUGCCUGCGGUGCUCAACCCUCGCUACCAACCUCAGGGUAGUGAAGGUCCCAGUGUCCAGGUGACCUCAGUUCCAGCCUCUCUGGUGCCCUACACUCUGGCUUUCUCCGCCCGAGUGUCCUCUCCUCGUCCAGUCUCUAAGGUGGAGUCCAGCUGUUCCCUGGACCCUCUCCAGUAUCUCAACACGGAGCAAACCCAGGCCACGGUCAAGUUGGCUGCAGGACACAAAUUUGACAGGGAUGUUGAACUGCUGAUUUAUUACAAAGACGCCCACCAGCCCACUGCUGUGGUGGAGGCAGGACAGGCCUCUGCCAAGCCUGGCACUCUGAUGGGGGACCCAGUAGUGAUGUUGAGCCUGUACCCAGAGUUCCCACAGGCUGUGAUGUCUUCAGUGGCCUCAUGUGGAGAGUUUGUGUUUUUACUGGAUCGAUCUGGAAGUAUGGAUUCACAUAUAAACAACAGCCGGAGCUGUCCGACUCGCAUUAGCAGUGCCAGGGAUACUCUGCUGCUCCUGUUGAAAAGCUUACCAAUGGGCUGCUUUUUCAAUAUCUACAGUUUUGGGUCCACCUAUGAACACAUCUUCCCGAAGAGUGUUAAGUACAGCCAAAAGACCAUGGAGGAGGCUCUGAAGAAAGUUGAAAAGAUGGGUGCUAAUCUAGGAGGAACAGAGAUCCUGGAGCCUCUCAAAAAUAUUUACAGCAAACCCUGCAUUCCAAAUCAACCUCGACAACUAUUUGUCUUUACUGAUGGAGAGGUGGGCAAUACCAAAGAAGUUAUCAGUCUGGUGAAGAAGAAUUCAGGUUCCCACAGGUGUUUCUCUUUUGGGAUUGGGGAAGGGGCCAGCUCUGCUCUUAUCAAUGGGUUGGCCAAGGAAGGAGGAGGCCACGCUCAGUUCAUCACAGGGGCUGACAGGAUGCAACCAAAAGUGAUGCAGUCGCUGCGAUUUGCUCUGCAGCCAGCUGUGGUGGACGUCUCUGUCACAUGGGAUUUACCAAAGAAUGUCUCUGUCACUGUCCUCUCUCCACCAAUCACAGCACUUUUCCAGGGACAAAGGUCACUGAUUUAUGCUCAGCUGACUGGACAGAGUUCAGAGGCAGCAGAGGGCUGCGUGACGGUGAAGUACAACCUGGCAGGUCAUCCCACUCAGAACCAGCUGCACUUCAGUCUCAAACCUGCAGAGGACACUGGGUUAACAGUUCACAGGCUGGCUGCUCGGACUCUGAUUCGCUCCCUGGAGAUGGAGGAGAGAGAGCACAGAAAAGAGCAAGAUGGAGGAGUGAAAAAGAAGGUGGUAGAGCUCAGUGUCCAAUCAGGAGUGAGCAGUGCCUUCACUGCCUUCAUUGCUGUCAACAAAGGGGACGGCAAGGUGAUUCAAGGACCUCUGGUGCGCAGGGAUGUUCCAACACCAAGAUUCCUGCCGAUGGCCUGUAGUAUGGGGAUGGCUGCCCCGAUGAUGUAUCAUUCACAGUGUUUGCAAGUCAAUACACAGGUAGAAAAAGCUUGCUUAACCAAGAAACCAGCGUCUACGGGCAUAUUUAACUUUUUCUCCGGUAGAAAAAAGAUGGGUGCCCAGGGAAAAUCAACUAAGAAGUCACUACAGACUCCAUGUAGUGACUACACGCAGCUGAUGUGUUCAGUGGCACCUGAAUUUGAAGAGUUUCAGGAAGCCUCCUUGCCCAUAAGGUCACCCAGAGACCCUAUGCUGCAGUUGGUCUCCCUUCAGAAGGCGUCUGGCUGCUGGGUGUUAGAUCCAGAUCUGGCCACUGCACUGGGAAAGACCAGCAAGGAGGUGGAGACCACAAAACCUUCAGCAGUGACCCAGGAAGUGUGGGCCACCAUUCUGGCUCUGAUCUGGCUUCAUGGUUUCAAGAUGGAUGCUCAGGAAGAGUGGGAGCUUCUGGCUCUGAAGGCUGUGUCAUGGCUCCGUGCUCAGAAUGCACCAUGUGUGAAGGAGUGUGUGGAAGCCGCAAAUGCACUGUUGGGUUGCAACGUGCAGAAAGACGCCCUGGGACUCUGAGGUUUACAUUAAAGGGGCUUUUCCACUGAUCCAGUUUUACUCCUGCCUGUAACAUUCACAUUGCGUAUUUCUAUUCAUUACCUGUACCUUUCCAACAUUUUGUGCAUUUGCAUAUUUGCACUUAUUUUCCAGGAUCAUUCAUGUUUCAAGACAAAGAAUUUUUUUAAUGUUGCUUGUUAGAAGUUGUUUAUCUUUGAAAGAAGUUUAAUCAGAAAGUAUGAUUUAAUAGUACUAAAAUAUUUUAACAUUUAAGUUUAUUUCCAAUGCUUGCCACAAGGCAUUAUAUAAAAAUACAUUCAAAAUGCUCCAGAGUUUAUGGCCUGAAAUAAAUGCAAACGAACAAACAUAAAUGUAUUUAGUGUCAAAGACUUAAAAGUUGGACCUUUGAGUGUUGUCCCCACAUCACUGCUGUAUUCAUGUGAAUGUACUGCAUGAUUUCUGCUGCCAGGUUGGUCAUUUAUUACAGUUUGUGUUGGAAGUUGGUGGCCUUUCUGGAUGUGCUCAUUUGUUUCUGUGGUAAAGCAGGGCAGUAAAAUCGCUGAAGUUAAACUGAGGUCCCAACUUCCACACAAGUCUGCAACAUAUACAAUUAUUAUAUAAAAUACUUAUUGCUUGUUUUAUUAAA